ACGUUUUUGGUGAGACGUGAGAGCAGCUGGUGCUUGAGGCUUCAGUUUCACGGAGAGAAGCGAAAAUGUUGCUGUCAUCGAAAUUCAAGGGAUCCAAAUGCAAGACACAGCUGAAGCUGUGCGUGGGACGAAUCAAACUGUUGAGGAAUAAACGGGGGUUGACAGUGAAGGAACUCAGAAAAGGGAUUGCAGAGCUUCUGAGAACGAAUCAGGAAGCCGCCGCUACGAUUCGAGUGGAACAUGUUUUUCGAGAAGAAGCAGUGAUGGACGCAUAUGACGCGUUGGAACUCUUCUGUGAGCAAGUGUCUGUGCGGAUGCAUAUGAUAGAAGCAUCGCGGGAGUGCCCCCCAGAUCUGAAAGAAGCCAUUUCGAGUCUCAUUUUUGCUGCACCCAGAUGCCCGGACUUGCCAGAGCUUAUGCAAGUGCGCUCUCUUUUUGCAUCCAAGUACGGCAAAGAGUUUGUGGCGGCGGCAUCUGAGCUUAUGGCCAACUGUGAAGUGAAUAGGCAGCUGAUCGGGAAGUUGUCGACCCAUCCUCCAUCAGGCCAGUUCAAGGUAGACCUGUUGAAGAAGAUAGCAGAGGAGUAUGACGUCAGCUGGGAUCCUGAGAAGUUGCAGCAAAGCCUUUGUGGAGCUGACCCUGACCUUCUGAAAGGUGCGCAAUCAUUUCUCUCUCCAUUCAAUCCUCCUGCCCAAGGAGGAUUUCCUGCCGCUGCUGAUAGCAGCAGAAAGGGAGGAGACGUUACCGAUCUCGGACGAGCUGCAACCGAGUCUGGAACAGCUGCAACCGAGGCCAGGCGUUCGGGAAGAGGAUCGAUAUUUGCAACAUCCUUCAUAUCCAAACCGGGGCAGCAAAAACCUGGCCCAAGUCAGCAGGUUAAUCCUCCUGGCAUUCAGGUAUCUCCUCCAGCCUCCCAGGGUUAUUUCCCAACCUCGCCGUUUUUCCCUCCUGGCUCAGAAGGCUUUUCUUCUAGCUCGCAAUUAUAUCCUCCUGACAGCGUACUCCCUACUCCAUCCGCACGCAGCUUCAGCGACCCUGAGCAAGUUGCAUCUGCCUCACAGUCAUUCUCCCCUCACCGCCUUCAGGAAAGCCUCCAGGAGAAAGAAAGCGCAACGGGGUCUACAACACGGAGUCAAGUUACAUCAUUUGUAUCGCCUGUAAUUCCUGCUCCAGAUUCAAUGAAGACAGUGGCAGCCGAGUCGGUCGUAGAGGUGCACCGUCCCAAUGUCACACAGUGGAAUCCAAUUGUGCCAUUUCCAUCCCCUGUCCUACCGUCAGGGGGAACAAAGCAAACAGCAACAAGUGAACCCAAAUCAAGUAAUUCCCAUCUUGAGGACUUACUAUGGAUGGGGGAACGUCGUCGUGGAUUUGAGCAGCACGGGGAGGGGAGUAGGUCCGAGGUGCCAAAGCAACAGGUAGCGGCAGGGGAAGUGAAAUGGGGCAAGUAUUUGAAUGAGGACAUUGGACGGAAGGAGGGAAGGCCUCCGGUGCUCGAGUUUUACAGGGAGGAGGGGAGGGUCGAGACGUCACAACAAAUGCGAGGGCAAGAGGGUAGUAGAACAGAUCGUGCUGGCAUGCGGCAGCAUCAUGGAAAAGAUGAUGAUGGGGUGAAGAAGGGAAGCGGGCAACGGAGUGAAAGCAUGGAUGGCAAUGACGAUGAGUGGAGAAGGCUAUUGCUCUCAAAAGCACGGGAUUGGAGGCAAGAGAAAAAAGUAGGGAGGGGAGAUGGGGAAUCAAGUGAUGAGGAGUACACGGAUGUCACUGUUGCUGCAGCAGCUGCAGUUACGGCUGCAGAGCGGGCCGCCAGUGCGGCAAGGGCAGCAGCAAGAUUAGCCUUUAGGUUGGGUGAGCAAAGCAUGCAGGAGAAGUCGACCGAUGGGAGAGGCUCUGAAAGGAAGGUGGUUUAUGAGGAAGCGAUGUCAGUUGCCCCUAAGACGGCAGAGGCCAGGAGGUCAGCAGGUCACGCGAGUUUGCAUGCAAGGGAUCAUUCCCAUCUGGAUCAGGCUGACGAAAUUCGCAAGGGAAGGAACGAGCUUAGAGGGUGCAUGCGACAUAAAGAGGAGCACUUGGUCAUGGAGCAUCGCGGCCAGGACGAAGUCACCAAAGAUGAAGGGACGGGAUCAAGUGGUCAGCAUGCCUGCAGUCAGGACCAACAGCCUGGCAAUGAGCUGGGUGGUGAGCAGGCGAUCUUCCGGCAAGCUGGCUGGCAGGCGCGACCAAGCCACGGCCUAGUUGAAGGCACAAAAGACCAGGACGCAAGAGCUGGGAGAGGCGUUUCUCCCUCAUCACAAAGUCCAACAACGACGAGAAGCAGUUUGGACAUGAACAGGUCUGUUGAGCAGGAUGGGAUGCCCGACGACCUCUCGGCCAGGACAAUGCGACAGCCUUCCCCAGAGCGGGCUUCAGGGGCUGGCAUUGGCACAGAGAACUAUCCCCCAUCUUCCACACCCCUCCCUUUUGCAAGCCCACAGAGAGAAGGGCGCGAACGUGCCGUGGGCAUCUCGGUGCGAACAAGGCCUACCUCACCCUAUGCUGCAAUGAGACAACCCCCACAAGGGUCCCAAGAAGGGGUUGAUGAGGGUAUUCUAAAAAUGUUUUCCCAUGGUCCAGGAAAGAACAUUGCAAGUGCACAGCAACCAACCGAUCAAGGCAUGCAGAAGACGGGGACACAACAGUCAGCUGAUGCAGCAAAGGAAAGGGCAGAAUUGCAACGACCAACCUUUCGGUUGACCCAUAGCUGGGAUGAUGAUGAUGAUGAUGAUGACGAUGAUGCACGCGCUGGCGGAGGGAAGGUGUCUGCUACAAGGAAGAAGAAUGCUGAAGAUGCAACUGAAGAAUUUGAUGAUCUUGACUUCCCGCCUCCGCCAACCGCUCACGCUGAAGAUGCAAGUGAAGAAUUUGAUGAUCUCGACUUUCCGUCUCCUCCGACCGCCCCUGUUAUCUUCAAACCCAGUUAAUGUCAGUGAAGUCCAUGCCUGAUAUGGACAAUGUUUGAAUGGCGAUUUGACUCCACGUCGGGACCACAAUCUCGAUAUCCCAGCGACGGGAAUCGGAUGGCAGUGAUGUGAGAUUGGCAGCAUGAAGAACUCCAGGAAUGUCAUUCAGUUCAGCCGGCAGGCCAUGAAUGGUGAUUCUCUCUUUUUCUGUGGGAGCUAAGUGGAUGGUGAUCAUGCACUCCCCGCAAUUCCCCUCGGCAUCUAGACCAGUGGAAUAGUGCACAUGAUGAGAGUUGUGCAGAAGGCUUUGACACUGGAUCUAUAUAUAGAUCACUCCAAGGGACUGGGGAUAUGGAUCAGGGGAUAUUCACACUAGGACUUUUUUUAUUAAGCUGUGGACUGGAUUGCGGUUUAGAUUCAUCCAGGUCUGGCCGUAAUUGCUGCAAGAUACAUGCAGGAAAGUGCUAGUGUGAGUAUAGCCUCAGCAUGCGGUUGGAUAUUCUCUCCAUGCCGUGACUGUCACAGUACAAGGCGAAGUUGGGUAUUCUCUCCACGCCACCAGCGUCACCAUACAAGGUGACAGACGACACAUGCUCCUGAUCAGUUAGUUGGGUACUCGGGUUCCGGGACUAAUAACGUCAUAUGAAUACACAUGGAAGUAGCAAACCAGGAUAUAGCAGUGGGGUAGAGUAAAAAAAGUGGACACAGAAAGAAAAGUCAUGGCAGCCUCUGUCGUUCGCAUCUGGCAUGGCUUUGUGGAAGUCUAUGACAGCUUCAUGCUGACUUCAUAAGAGCUGGAUCCCUGGUAGGUGAUCCGGUUCGAUUGUGUGAUUGCAUCUGUGUGUGUGUGUGUGUGUGUGUGUGUGUGUGUGUGUGUGUGUGUGCGCCGAAACUGAAAGCGAAUGCUGUGAAUGCUUCUGAGCAGUUGGUGCUCAGAGAUUCUAUGCAAGCAUGUUGCAUCUGAGCAUUUUGCUGAAGGCGUGUUCACACUAGCUCUAUCUGACUGCAUUUGCGGCUGGUCCUGGAUGUAUCUGACCACAAUUACGUCCAUAAAUAAGCAAAAACGUCAUUGUGUGAAUGUAUGGCCUAAUUGUGACCAUUUUCCCGACCCUCUGGCCUCGGCAAUGGUCAAGAUUUCUGGAUGCCUAGCCUGCACUGCGAUUACCCGCAGCUCUGGGCGACUCAGCCGCCCCGAGGUUCCACUUGCUGGCUCAGCUGCAGCCAACGCUAGGCAGCAGAUGCUGAAUGCAAAUCAAGUUUGUAAUAUGAUGGCAGGACUGGGGGCAGAAUCAAAGAGAGAGUUCGGGUCCUGCUGUGCAAGUAAGGAAGGAGACGGCCCCUUCCUCAACUCUUUCGAUCUGAGCUUGUGUUAUAGCUUCCAUGACAAACAACUGCGUGCUGUUUUCGCACAGGGAGCUGAAAAGAGAGGGGAAGGUGGAGUGUAAAAUCGACGGCGUUGUAUACAGUUUCAGUGCGGGGAUUUGAGAUGAUGUCAUGAUGAUUGACCUUACUCUGUGCGGGUCCUGUGUGCGAGGAUUUGAGAUGAAGUCACGAUGAUUGUCCUUACUCUGUGCCUGUCCUGUGUGCGAGGACUUGUAUACAAAGUGAGAUGAGUCAGUACACACAGGUUAGAGGUUGAUCCAGAUGGGGGACCACACCUUGGGCUUGCAGACAUAGCCAGUGGGGAGAAGAGAAUGCUGUGUGUGUGUCUGAUCAGCCAGCAACCUGACCUGGUAGCGGAGUUUCGUGAGAGUUGUUGAGGCGACACCUCUCGUUCAAGGUGUUGCUUGAGAGUCUUAAUCCUUUCCGAAGUAUGACAAGCGAGUAAUGGCUUGGACUCUUAGGAAUGGUUCUGAUGGGGUGCGUAUACCAUCAGAGCGAUACAGGCAAUCCCUAACGCGCCUUCGGCCUCGGUAAGGCACGAAGAAUACACUACACGAGCAUCCACCGCCGAUGGUUCACUGGGCGGUCUAAUGUGUCCGUACGUCCGUUGUCCAAGCUAGUACCAAAUGAAUGAAACUUGCAAGUUUCAAUGUCGGGUUUCGGUGGUCUUCUGUGGGUUUCUGGCAAAACGUGUCAUCUUCUAAGUUCUAUCACAUAAUAAUCAGCGGCUGGCAGUUCUGUUUUUCACCCGGCUCCUGUCAAUCCUUUUUUUUUUUGUUCUCGAUUAGACAAACGUCCUCUGCUCUUCUUUCUUUCUCUUUAUGUCCACUGUUUCUCCUUUCCCUUCAACGACCAAACACAUUCCUGAAUAAACACUUGGCUGCCUCAGACAUGCGUCAACAAUAAAAGUUUUCGAAGUCGUGGCUCGUGAGCCAUCGAAAGCUCUGGAAUCUAUGGAUUGUCGACUAAACAGAUUGCUGGUGUAGCCAAGGCUAUACUCGGUUCUCAUAUCUGCGUUUGAGUGUUACGAAUGAGCCCGGAUGUUUCUCACUUGGGGCUUUUGGCGUCAUUAUCUGCAACAACUGGCUGGAUGUUUCUCACUUGGGGCUUUUGGUGUCAUUAUCUGCAACAACGGGCCGGAUGUUUCUCACUUGGGGCUUUUGGUGUCAUUAUCUGCAACAGCGGGCCGGAUGUUUCUCACUUGGGGCUUUCGGUGUCAUUAUCUGCAACAACGGGUGCAACACGGCCGCAGAGCAUCUUCUGGCAGCUGCUGCAUAGAUCAGCAUUCUGCUUUUUAAUCUCCUGGGACUCGCCUGACACUUGAUGAACAGAGGUGGGGUUUGGUUUGGAAGCCCAGUUUGAGGUUCGGCCGCACAGGUCUGGUGUGCAGAGGUUUGACCCACAGGUCUGGCGCAUAGGGGCAGCGGAGACAGGUUCAGUGCUCACAGGUUUUACGAACUGGUCUGGUGCGCACAGGUUCGGUGGAGACAGGUGUGGAGCACACAGGUUCGUUGCGGGUUUGGUUUCCCAGUCCAGUUCGAGGUCUGGGCGCACAGGUUUUACCCACAAGGUCUAGUGUGUACAGGUUUGAUCCACAGCAGAGCACAGGCAGAUCUGGUGUCGGAGGACAGGUAGAGGGCUGUUGUACAGGUUUGGUGUACAGCGGCAUUGGGAGUCGGUCCGUGUGUCUGGGAGGUUUGUCAGUGAGAAGUUGAGAGCCGAUAAAAAUCAGAUGAAUGCCACAAUUUCACUAUCCUCUGUUCUUCCUGUCUAGUGUGUUGAUCAGAUGAAAUGAGUAAAUUAUUUAGUAAAAUACGCUGUGAGAA